AUGUUGUUUAACGUACUAGGAUCUUUUAUUACAGUAACUUCGCUUGCUGCGAUUCAUGUGCUAGCAGACUCGUUGCCGCCAAUCGAAAUUGUCGGUAACAAGUUCUUCUUCUCAAAUAACGGUACUCAGUUCUUCAUCAGAGGUGUUGCUUACCAGUCCGAUGGUUCUGACAGCAAUGACGGUUCUAACCUGAAACCUGGCCAAUCUUACAGUGAUCCUUUGGCCAACUUUGAAGCAUGUUCUAGAGAUAUUCCAUAUUUGAAACAGCUAAGAACUAAUGUGAUUCGUGUAUACUCUGUUAAUCCUUCUGAAGACCACAGUAAAUGUAUGCAGGCAUUAAAUGAUGCAGGAAUCUACGUUAUUGCUGACCUUUCCGAACCAAAGCGUUCCAUCAACAGAAAUUCACCAAAAUGGGAUUUGGAUUUGUAUGAGCGUUACACAUCUGUUGUUGACGAGUUCCAAAAGUACGACAACGUUUUGGGUUUCUUCGCCGGUAACGAAGUUAGUAACAGCAUUAACAAUACCGAUGCUUCCGCAUUUGUGAAGGCUGCUAUUAGGGACACUAAGGCAUACAUUAAAGCUAAGGGCUACCGUAAGAUUCCUGUUGGUUAUUCUGCUAACGACGACCAAGCCAUAAGAGUCGAUCUGAUUGAAUACUUUGCCUGUGGUACAGAUGAAGAAAGAAUGGAAUUUUAUGGUGCUAACAUGUAUGCUUGGUGUGGAGAUUCCACCUACGAAAAAUCUGGUUACGCUGAUAGAACAAAGGAAGUUGCCAAACUUGGUGUUCCUGCGUUCUUCUCUGAAUAUGGUUGUAACAUAAUUCGUCCAAGAAAGUUCGGUGACGUUUCUGCUUUGUUUGGUAAGAUGUCCGAUUUUUGGUCCGGUGGUGUGGUUUACAUGUACUUCGAAGAAGCAAACAAAUAUGGUUUGGUUUCUGUCGGCAGUGACAACAAGGUUACUACUUUGCCAGACUUUGAAAACUACUCUGCUCAGAUUGCUAAGGUAACUCCAACAGGUGUUAAUAGCGCAGACUACUCUCCAAGUAUCACACAUCCAUCUUGUCCAACUGUUGACAACACUUGGAAAGCUGCUUCUAAUCUACCACAUGUACCAGACAGCAACGUCUGUGCCUGUAUGUCUGAUUCUUUGAGCUGUGUUGUCAGCGAUGGUUUGGAUCCAAAGGAUUACGAACAACUAUUCGAGUACGUCUGCUCCAAGGUUUCUUGUGCAGGUAUUGUGAACAACGCUACUACCGGAGAAUAUGGUUCUUACUCUUUCUGUGACGACAAAGACAAGUUGUCAUACGUAUUGGAUGUGUACUACAAGGCCCAAGGUAAGGCUGCAGACGCAUGUGAUUUCAAUGGUUCUGCUAAUCUAGUUAAGCCAUCCAGCCAAUCUGCCUGCUCUCCAGUAUUGAGCGCUAUAGGUACUGCUGGUACUGGAUCUUUUAGCGGCAGUAUUACUUAUUCUGGUUCAGCACAUUCUCGUGUUCCGGCAGGUUCCGCAAGUGAUGGAUCCGGAUCGUCAUCUUCCACAAGCACGGGAAAAGCCAGUUCGGACGCAGGACUAUCAAACAAUAUCAGAAGCUUUUCCUCAUUGUACACUGUUCUCGCCAUUACCCUCUCCAUCUCCGUUGGGCUUGGUCUUGCAAUCAUUUAG